CGAAUCUCCCUGGCUUUGGCGAUCUUGAGGUGGUUCUCGGGCUUGUUCUUGGCGAGCAGCAUGAUCUCCAUGGCGGCCUGCUUCUGCUCGUCGAUGGCGCAGGAGUCGAGGCUGGAGACGAGGUGGAGCAUGAGGUCGUCGGAGUUGUCGGUGGCGCAGGAGACGAGGAGGCGGCGGCUCUCGGUGGAGGUGGUGGGGAACUCGCCAGAUCGGUCGCUAUUGCAGUCGCUGAAGGCGGAGGAGGAGGAGUCGGUGUUGACGCAACAGAUGUUGCCGUAUAAAGCUCCUCCCGAGGUAGCUGAAAUUGGCCGCCAGAUUUUCCGUUUCCAUGGGAUAAGAAUUAAGAGCCAGUUUUACACGGUGCCUUGGCUUCUGAUUGAACUGAAAUUCGGGAGGCGGAAUUCGGAUAACGAAUUGGGUGGGUAUCGUUCGUGGGGCCCCGAAAUUGAAGAGAGGGAGCUGUUAAUGACGCGAUCGUCUCCGUCGCCGCCGCUGAGACUGGUAGUGGUCGCCAUUUGGAAGUGAGCGAUGCCUGGGCUGGUCUUGUUCACUCCUCUGGAAUCCUAGGGUUUGUGAGGGAGGGAAUAGAAGGGAGAAUAUCCG